AUGGAAGAAUUUCAAGAAAUAGCAUUUGAAUACUUGCCAAGGUCUCAAAAUCAGUUCGCUGAUGCCCUAGCUACCUUGUCUUCAAUCUUACAAGUAGCUGGAGGUUUGGACAUUGAACCAUUAAGAAUUGAAAUCUUUAGGCAUCCAGCUUAUUGCAUGACGAUUGAAGAGGAACCAGACGGACAGCCUUGGUAUCACGACAUCUUGAAGUAUCUGCAGAAGGGUGAAUUCCUCGAAGGAAGUGAAGCAACAGACAGAAAAUAUUUAAUAAAGUUAGCAUCAAAAUUCUUUGCCAGUGGAGAUGUCCUCUACAAGGUCCUUCGACUCGACAUUGCUAAGAUGAAUGGAGUAGUGGAGGCGGCAAAUAAGAACAUAAAGAAAAUCCUGUCAAAGACUGUUGAAAAUUAUCGUGAUUGGCACGAUAGGCUCCCUUACGCGUUAAUGGCAUACCGAACUUCUAUCCGCACCUCCACAGGGGCAACUCCUUUUUCACUCGUGUACGGGAUGGAGGCAGUCUUACCUGUUGAAGUUGAAGUCCCUUCUCUAAGGGUCCUUUCCCAAUCUAUGCUCGAUGAGGCGAGUGGAUGCAACGAGAGGCAUGAGCGGUUAAACUUGAUUGAUGAGAAGAGAUUGCAAGCUGUGUGUUAUGGCCAAUGUUAUCAGAGGCGAGUUACAAAAGCCUUCAAUUGA